GUGCAUGCAUACCUUCCUCACACUUCUCUCUUGGAAAAUCUCAAGCUGCUCGAUGACAAUGGGAAGAUCACUUGCAGCUUUCUCGUUUGCUUUGCUUGCUUGUUUAGCUUCAGCACUCGUCCUUGUGGUUCAAGCCCAAAAAAUGCCGUUUUUCUUCUUUUCUCUGAACUUGCAAGGUUUUAUCAACAUCGAUUAUGGGGCACCUAAUCAAUACACCGAAGAGGAAAUCAACAUAACAUACGGAACGGAUGAAAGGUUCAUAGACUUCGGAGAGAACAUGCAGGUAUCCUCGAAGGUCAUAUAUACAUAUAAUCAACAAUAUUCGAAGAAUUUAAGGAGUUUUCCCAAUGGAACGAGGAACUGUUACACCUUAAGACCAGACCGAGGCACGAACAUCACCUAUUUGAUCAUGGCGACAUUUUGGUAUGGGAACUAUGAUGGGAAGAAUCAAACUCCUUUCGACCUACACAUCGGCAUUAAUUAUUGGGCCAAGGUGAACUCUCCGGCGUAUUUCUGUGAAGAAAUCAUGUACGUGUCCCAGGAAGAUGAUAUACAAGUGUGCCUUGUGAAUACUGGCAAGGGAGUGCCCUUCAUUUCGGCAUUGGAACUAAGACCUCUUGAUGAUGGCAUCUAUCGAUUGGGAUCUGGAUUCUUGCAAUUCCAAUGGCGGUUCGAUAUCGGACUGAGCUCGAAGACUGCUAUCAAGCAAAUAAAAUGAUUUUUUGAAAUAUGAGGAUUAUUAUUGGUUUGUCAUGUCAACAGAAGUAAUUUAUAUCCCGUGUAUACGUACUACCAGCCUACCAAGCAGGUAUGCCUGAUUUUAAUAUUUUCUUACUAAGUUACACACAAAU